AUGUGCAGCUGGUUCCGAGCGGGGCACGAUCUGCCGUACGCCAAGCCGAGCCGCAUCCCUCCUGACCCCACACUCUUCCCCAAUUACAUCCAAAACGCGCAAGGCCUGUGGCUCCGUUUCGUCGAGUGGUGGCCGCGGCGCGAGGUGAAGGCGGUGAAGGGCGUCGUCUUCAUCAUCAGCGGCCUGGGGGAUUACAGCGGCCGCUACGACUCCGUCGCCCUGCGCUUUACGGAGGCGGGCUACGUGUGCUUCUCGGUCGACAAUCAAGGCGCGGGAGGGAGCGAGGGAGUUCGCCUCUACGUGGAACGCUUCACGCACUUUGUGGACGACUACCAGCUCUUCGUGCAUCACAUGCUGGACAAGUACCCGGAGCUGACGCAGCUGCCCCGCUUUCUUCUGGGACACUCGAUGGGCGGCCUUAUCGCCACGCACGUGGCCAUGCGUGAUCCGGAGUACUUCCAAGGCGUCAUUCUAAGCGGACCUGCCUUUGGUGCUUCUUUCGUCAGUGCGCUGUUGAAGAAGGUGGCCUGCAUGUCGAACAUCCUGCCCAAGUUUCCCGUGACGAAGUUGGAGGCGAAGUUGGUGUCGACGAACAAGCCAGUGGCGGAGCUUGCCCUGCAAGACCCGUUUUGUCCGGCGGCUCACUGCGUGCACGUUUUGGUCAUGAACUACUUCUUUGCACAGGAUCAGAUGUUCGCACAAGUGAAGGAAGGCAACAAGUCUUCUUUCCCCUUCUUGAUUGUCCAUGGCAGCGACGACGCAUUUUGCAGUCCGGCGAUGUCGAUGCGCUUCUAUGAAGAAGCAACCUCACAGGACAAGGAUUACAAACUGUAUCCUGGUGCGUUUCACGAGGUGCUAACCGAGGUAUGCCGUGGUCAGGUGAUGAAAGAUGUGCUCGAGUUUGUCAACAAGCGCACCAACGUCUAA